AGAGGGGAAAAAGUGAGGGAAGCGCAUAAAUCUUUUUCUUAAACAGACUGCGUAAAAAGAAAAAGUAAGCAGUAGGAGCUAUAUAUAAAAGGCCUGCAAUCUGCAUGGCAAUGCAAGUCAACUACCACAAUAUGAACAAAUUCAACUUCAUCAGAGAUGGAGCCAGCAAGCUUCCUCCUGGUUUCCGAUUCCAACCCACUGAUCAAGAGAUCGUCUUCCAGUACUUGGCCCGUAAGAUCUUCUCCUCUCCUCUCCCCGCCUCCGUCAUCCCUGAACUCGACGUCUUCGCUUUCCACCCCUCCAACUUACCAGGUGAUUCGGAGAGGGAUAGGUAUUUCUUUGGCAGCAGGGAGGUGAAUCAUGGCAAUGUGGGCAGAGGCAGCGGAGGUUUCUGGAAAGUGACCGGUUCGGACAAACGGAUCGUUUGUUCGAAAAGGAUGCCUAUAGUUGGGAUCAGGAGGACCCUAGUGUUCUACCAGGGGAAGCAUCCGCGUGCUGUCCGAACCGACUGGUUCGUGCACGUCUACUGCAUUGCCCUCUCACAGAAUAACAGACUGUCUCAGGGUGGCUUGAAUCAAAUAGGGAAAUGGGUUUUGUGCCAUGUGUUUUCCAAGAAAAGGGGUUUGAAAGAUGAAGUGUGUAGGCAGCAGAGAUACGAUCGUUUUGCGACACCAGAGAUGAGUGAUGUGGAUUCAUGUUCGUCCUCUUCGUCGUCGUCUGCAUCUGAUUCAAGUGUUCUUAGUGAGGUCUCUUCAACUUCUGCUGAUGACUGUGCGGCCAGCGCCCGUCCUUGAUGUUUAAUGUACUCAUUAGAAUUUAUUUAUAUUCGUUGUAUGCAUCAAAAUAAAUAGAUUUGCUCAAGCUAUAUGGUUGUACUGAUUCGAUUUGUGCUCAAAUUAGUGAGACAACGAGCAAGAAAAAUAAAAAGGAUUGAUUUCUGGCAA